GUCCUCUGCUAUGUCAUGUUGCCUUCCCACAGCAACAGGGCAAUUGAUUUCACUACCUAUCUAGAUUCACAGGAUGUGCAGCACGCGAUCAGGGUGCCGCACAGUGCAAAGCUCGAAAGUGACAGGUCGGUCCUCAGGGAAGGUACUGGCGGGGUAAGAUUUCAAUGCACCAGGCAGAUUCGCGUUCAACGCUUUAAUCUACUGUGAGAGGCUUGCUGAAAGAAUCAACAGCUGGAUAAGAUAAGGUGCCUAGGUCGAUAUCGAUCUUGAGCCUUCGCGUUCAUUCGUUGUCGACCGUGGAGCAGGGGUAGCCAGGCUCGAGGCAGGCGAUGGGCUGAACUCAAGCUCACUCAGCUUCAGCAUCAAAGACAGGGCUGAAAAUUGGCAACGAAGAUGCACCGCAAAGUCAGAGCCGCCAACUACUCUCCGCCCCAAGUGCAUCGCCGAUUUUCCAUGUGGCAUGAGCAGAUCUGUCAUGGCUUUUUUGCGGAGAAUGACAAUUGCAUGACGUAGGAGGGAGUUUUGCCUGUCUAAGCUGAGAAUCGGCGCUGGAGACGUCAUGACGUAGAUGUGCCGAAGGGGGGUCGUUGCGCAAGUGCAGCUAAGACAGCUUCCUUCCCAUUCAAAUAGAAAGCUCAUCUGCUGUACACAUGCCUUUUCUGCUCCCUUCCCAAUUCAAGCACCAAUCACUCAUCAAACAACACAUCGUCCUGGCUCCUUAGCAGUAAACAUACCCUCAAAUUCCCACUUCACCCACAAAACAACCAUCAUCAUGUCCGGAAACUCAAACGUUGGCAACAGCGCCGUUUACGAGGCUGGCGAUCAGAGAAACGCCAAGGAGGAGGAGACCAACAACGCCGAGCGUUUCCACGAGGGCAAGGAGCACUCUCACCUGGCGACAGACUCCAAGGAUGAGCGUUCCAUCGCCAACAGACUCGCUGCCGAGGAGAAGAAGAACAAGGAGGGUGAUGAGGAAGAGUCCCUCGAGACCCGCCUUGGCAAGGAGGACGCCACACUCCCCGCCAAGCUGCACGGCAACAAGCCUUCUAGGGGCGCCGAGAUUGACAAGCAGCUCCAGGAGGAGGACGAGCUCCGCCUGAAGCAAAAGGCUGGAAAAUAAAUAUGGGAAGCACAAAUAUGAUUUUCGGUCCGGCGUUGGCAGGGUAGCACCAGCAUACAUGAAUUCAUAGGAUGAAUAUCAAAAGUCAUGACGCAAAACACUUCUCCAGUGAUGUUACCGAGGUGAAUGUGAGGCAGUCUGAAAAAUUGUGGUCACGCAAUUAAUGAUGAAGAUGGGCAACACACGAGGUUUCAUCAACGUAGAUGUUGAAGCAUGAUGUUUUUUUAAUUGCUAUGAGGUCGUCUAUACUGCUGGUCAUACCUGAACGUCGAAUUAGUCAAACGUAUUCCGACAGGG